UGAGAUGUCCCCUUGCUGAGGAGGAGCCUCGGUGUUUCCGGGUCCUUUGGUGUCGAAGGGCCUGGGCCGAGCAGCCUCAAGAAAGGAAAAGAGGGACGGGGGACUUCCCGUGAAAGGUGCUGGGGCUCAGUGCCUUCCUCAAGUCUCUGCCGGUUAACAAACAAUCGGGGUGGUGGGAGGCUUCCUGCUUGCUUAUGGGCUUCCGAAGAGCAGCUGUCUGGCUACUGCUGGAACCAGGAUGCUGGACUUGAUGGGCCCUGGCUCUCUUCUGGCUGAAGUGUGUGCGAAGAAGAAUGAUCUUAAGAGGCCAGGAGUACCUUACGGACUAACAAAAUUUAAGGUCUCCAAGGUGGCACCGUGUUGCUAACACGAGUCUUAGAAUGUUUGUCUACCUUUUGAUUCUAAACACGGGUUCUCAGAGUGGCUUAUAAACAGUUAAAGUCGAGGAGGUUCUGUCUGAUUGGCGUGUGUCUGCGUGGGCAGGCGGGCGGAGAGAGAGGGAGGUGCCGGAGGCUCUAACCGGCGAUGCAAUCCAGGCAGCUAUGUAUCUCCCCUGCCCCCAGUGAUAGGACUCAAGGAGUGAUAAAUAGCAAGAGUGAAUUACAAGAGAGGCUAUGUUACUUGGCCUGAGGCACAGUAGGUAGAAACGGCAGGAAUGCUAGUUUCUACAGAAACGGCUCAGAAAAUAAACGUGUCUGUAAUAUGAAAAAAGAAGAUAAUUUACCAGCAAUAAAUUGGAUAUGUAGUCAAGCUGCUAAUACCAUCAGGCUCUUUAGUAAGAUGCCAUCAUAUGCAGAUCUCAGUUGGAAAUUCAUUUCACUGGGCUUGAUCAGGAGCCAAGAAUGGCCAGCAAAGGAGCUGCAGCUUCAGCCUCCAUGGAGAACUCCAAUACUGGCGGGACCAGUGGGAAUAGCAGUAAUGGGGACAGUGCUAGUCAGGACAGCACUUUUGAAUGCAACAUCUGUUUGGACACUGCCAAGGAUGCUGUGAUCAGUCUGUGUGGACACCUCUUCUGUUGGCCUUGUUUACACCAGUGGUUAGAGACCAGACCAAACAGGCAAGUGUGUCCUGUAUGUAAAGCAGGUAUCAGCCGUGAUAAAGUUAUCCCGCUUUAUGGAAGGGGUAGUACUGGACAACAAGACCCUAGAGAGAAAACACCACCACGACCUCAGGGUCAGAGACCUGAACCAGAAAAUAGAGGGGGUUUCCAGGGUUUUGGAUUUGGUGAUGGAGGCUUCCAAAUGUCGUUUGGAAUUGGGGCAUUUCCUUUUGGUAUAUUUGCUACAGCAUUCAACAUAAAUGAUGGUCGGCCUCCCCCAGCAGCUCCAGGGACUCCCCAGUACGUGGAUGAACAGUUCCUAUCCCGUCUUUUCCUCUUUGUAGCCCUGGUGAUCAUGUUCUGGCUCUUGAUUGCUUAAGUUUGCUCUGCAUUCUGUGUUGUACAAUGGUUUGCGGGCUCUGAACUAGUCACAGACUGCUGCUUCCCCUUGGCCCACUGUAAACUUCUUGGUGUCAGGUUCCAUAGAUAAUGGCGGUAUCCUGGUAGCCAUGGUGUUGCGACAUCAGGAAGGAAUCUUGCUCAUUGCACCAAAGUUAUGGAAUUAACGUCUGUUUAAAAGCAUUCUCAAGUUCCACCAGGUCUCACACAGCAAGUACCUGGUUGCAGCGGUGAACCCAACUUUGAACUUCCAUGCUCCCAAGGGAGGGAGCAUUCUUUGAAAUGUGUGUGCCAAUCAGCUAGAGCAGGUGCUCACCAUGGAGGGAGAGUGGGUGGCAGGCAUGGCAUGGAAACUUCUACGGAAUAUGCCAUGGAAGGGAAAGAGACUCAUCAAAGUACCACUUGCUCCAGGAAAUCUCUUUUCGUGGUAACUUGAUUGGUGGAGAAUAUCUGGCUGAUGACACCUUAGGGAUGUUCUGCUCCUGCUGUUACCCACGAUCCCUCUUGAAGAUGACUUUAAAGCCAAGAGGAUUGGAAAUUCUUCAACCAUAAAACUUGUGGAAUACCUUCAUUCUCUGGGGCACAUUCUCUCAUCUCAGGGUUUGGGGUGGAACUGUUAAGACACAAGGGGGGGCCCUCAGUGGUUGUCACACAGCACACUUCCUUAUCAGCAAAAGCAGUGUUGUUUUCCUAAAGUUUGUAUAGCAGCCUAAAACUCUUAUUUGGGAUUAACACAGUUCUGGCUACUGUCGUUACUUAUGCUCAUCCCUCCUUCCUGAGCUGUAUCCAACAUAUUUUUUCACAGUUAGAUGCAGCUCAGUUAGGAGGCAUGGAAGACAAUCGUACUGAUUUUUUUUUUGCUCCUUCCCCCUGCCCUGCCACUAAAGUGAUUACAGUUUCUCCAUAGAAAAAAAAACCUAGGUUUUUGGUAGUCCCAGAGAAGAAAUUAUUCUCAAUCAUUGUAGAAGCUUUUAACUGAUGACUAUUAGCACAAGAGCUUUUCCAAAUUGCCAAAGAUGUUCCAUUGAAGGUUAGGCACAGUUCAAUAGGAUGAAAUGAAGGGGAGAGUUUCCUGCUGGAUGGUGCCUGAGAGAGGGCUGUUCUGGGAACUGUAUACAGAAGGAUUUCUUUUGUGGGGGACAGGGGCGGGGAGAGGGAUAUCAAGCUUUACAAAGUGUUGCUGCUGAAUCUCUUGGAUCAACAAGACCUAUAAGGGAUUCCUCAGUUGGAUGACCUCUGACUUCCUUGUAAAUAGAAAGAUGUCUCUAAAAGACUUCUAGUCUUUUAAUUUUGCAAUGCUUUUAAUUUUCCCUCUGUUUGCUUACAAGCAGAAACUAGGAGCAGUUUUUAAAAUUAUUUUCAGAACAAAUUGUGAUUGCAGCAUUGAACAGAAUAAAUUACUUGGGGGAUUUUUUUUUUCAGGUCUGAGGCUGUGUCUGAGAGGGUGAACUUGUAAAUAUCAUAGUAUGGAAUACAAAUCAUUACCUCUUCCCAAAAUAAUAGGCGACUGGGAGGGGGAUGAGUUUUGUCCCCCCAGACACCUUGAAAGCCUAACUGAUAGAACGCCAUCUGAUCAUUAGAUAAUCCUCGUGUCCGCACUUGAUAUUGAAGCAGUUUGUAUGACUUUCUGAAAAGCCAGUCAUACUAGGAGCUUUCCCCCCCUUUUAUGUUAAAAUUCUUCUACUAUGACCUUAAAAGGGAUUCAAAGGGACUGGUGUAUUUCUGAACCAGGGAUCUGUUAAAAGCAAACAGCUAUAAACUGGUUGUCUUAUAGAUCUUAUAUAUGGCUUGGAUUAAUUUUGCUGGGGUAGACAGCAGUGCCACCUAUUGUCAAUAAGGGAAAGUUAACUUGUAUUUCCACACACACCGGGGAUUUAUGAUACUUCCUUUGUCUUUUUACUACUUGGAGAAAUUGAGCACUGCGGUAGUGAAACUGCUUCUAAAAGCAAUCUUGUAAAUGGUUUAGUGACGGUCAUGAUCAAAAAUUAAAUUUGUGGCAAUUGUAAAAAAAAAUGUGAAUGAUUUAGUUGUGGAUUUAAAUGGUAUUAAAGCAGACAUAACUGACUUGGAAUUUUUUUAUAUAUAGUUGCUGUCUGUGUAGAGAGGAGGUAUAUUGGUGGAGGAGUUUGCAGACAACCUGACUGAUCCUCAGAGUGUUGUUGUAAUGCUAACCAGAUCAGGCUGUCAGGGGUCUCCAUAUUUUAUAUACAAAACUAAGUAUCACAUAGCUCCUUAAAAGGUGAACAGAUGAAUGAGUCUGUAAGUUUUCAUGGACCUGAGCCUCUUUUAGGCUCUUUUAGCCCAAAGCGGGCUCUAGGCCCUUAAGGUGCUUCUGCCACAGUCACUGUUCACCUUUAAAAUGCCACCAGAGUAUACUGUUCUCAUCACAGCAGGCCAACUGUUAUGGCACUUAUCAUGCUUUACUGGUAAUUUGAAAGUCUUUGAAUUUCUGCUUUGUCUUGCUUUUUUUCAGCUGUGCUUUUUUUGGUCUUUUAUUAGCUCUCUCAUGAUCCCUUCCCCCAAAUCAUGUAUUCAGAUUGCACACAGCCUGUGGCUAGCAACCAAUGGCACCAUUGUUAUUCACUAAUUUUCACUGUUGUGAAAGUAAUUUAGAAUAAAAUGUUUUUACAUUA